AUGGUUGAUAAGGAAAUGGAGAUAGCAAAGAGCAACCGAAACAUGCCGGCGUUCUAUCGGUCGUACAACUUGGAAGACCAUCUCUUCUCGUACGACCUGAAAAUUGCCCAGGCUGACAAGAAGUUGAAGCUGGAUCUCCACCUGGAGCUGUUCAGCAACAACUUCCGCUACUUCAUUGAGAAGAAGCCACUUGAGGAAAUCAGCUUCAGGAGACUCGAGAAGCUUCGGGAGAAGACAGACAGGUUCUACCACAUGAUGAAGAAUGUCCAGAGUGACUCACAGACGUGUGAGGUCACUGUGACAACAGGUGACCAGGAGAAGCAUCUGUACAUGUGUAGACACUACAUUUCGAGUCUGAAUGAGAAUAUUGGGCUACUGCAACAGACUCAGGUGCUUCAGGCCUGCUGCAACUACAUCACCAGAAUUCCAUUUUCAAUCAAACACCUGAGACACCUGAAAAUGCUCAUUUUGUCAAGAAACAGAAUAAGGGAGCUACCAGAGGAAUUGGGCUGCUGCAAGUCACUGAGGGAGCUUGAUCUGUCCAACAAUCUGCUCGAAUCUCUUCCAAAUUCAAUUGCAUCACUUAAGGCCUUAUCUAUUAUGAAUUUGUCAAAUAACAGACUCAGGAUACUGAAUCGUGCAGUUGGGAAGUUACAGAGUCUCAAGAACAUCCAUUUGGAUAGCAACCGUCUGACUCAUCUGCCACUGGAGCUGCUAAAGCUGCCAUUUUUGUCGAAUCUUCUGACAGACAACAAUCCAAUUGCAGAAUACACCGAGUCGUCCAUCAGGCAGAUUGGAACGCAUUCGAUGCUCGAAGAAUGCGCCCGACACGUUGUACGGAACAACAAGCGGAUACCACGGAAUUUUUCCAAAAAUCUCGUAAAUUUCAUGCUUGGUGUCAAAGAGUGCUCGUUCUGCGGCGGCCCUUAUUUUGAGCACUACUUUGAAAUAGAGGCCAUGCAGGAAUUCGACAACAAAUACUACACGGUGCAGUAUACGCUCUGCUCCAGGCACUACGAAAACCACUCAGAGCGACUUCCAACGCUAUUCGCAUCCACUCACGGCAGCACAAUACCAAACAAGCUCCUUGAGAACAACAUGCCUGCAGUAACUGAGAUAUUCGAGCCAUUCUGCCACUCAGAGGAGCUGCUUCAGCGAAUCAAAGACAGGUUCGAUGACGCAGACGACAGAAUGCCAUUGAUCUGCCUCUCUCUCUACAACUCGCACUUCUUCAAGCAGUUUGUUCUGGAAAAGAAGAGAUGCACUGCUCUUCAUAAGACCAAAUCCAGGCACCAGAGAGGAGAGAAGCCAGACCACCAAUAA